AUGCCUCAAUUUUGCUAAGUUUGUAGAGAACGUAGCAUAGUAAACAUACAAGUAAUAUACAUUUUAAAUAUUUAUUAGACUCUUAAUCCUUUAUUCUUAAUUAAUUAAGAAAAUGUUAUAUUUACAUAAGAAUGUCUUAUACCUAAAUUCGAUCCUUUUAUUUUUUAUGAUCCUUCUCUUAAAACAACUUCUUAUUGUUUUGAUGGUAAUUGCCAAAAUGGAUUGUAAUUAGAAUAUUGGUAAAACAAUUGUUUUUUGGAUAGGUUUCCAACAAAUCUCAUAGAUUUUGAUAUAAAUACGUUGUAUUGUAAUUAAAUUGGCUUAAGAACUUUUACUUUUAACAUAAUCUUUGAUAUAAAUAGUGAAUUUUGUUAUUAUAAUAAACCAUUAAUAACAAUGGCAACAUUAAAAGAGAAGGUUUUCACAUUAAAAACUUCAAAUUUAAAAAUCACAUCAUUUAAUUAGUUUACUUUUAUUGCUGUAAAUAUGAUGUAAUUUUAUUAUUAUGAUACUAUCUAAAUGAUUAAUACAGAAUUUAUUUUUGAGAAAAACCUAUCAAAUUAUUUGUUAUUUUCAAAUCCAUAUAAUCCUAUAGAUGUAACAUUAAUCAAUUUUACAAUAAAAAACAGCAUAAUAAUGGAUAUAAACUCUUUAUUUUAUGCUAAAUAAUUUGGUACAAUCAAUCUAUAAAAUUUUUCAAUUAUCAAUACUACUAUUAGAAAUUCUUCACUAUUUAAUUUAUUAUAACUUCCUUGCUUAUAUAUAAUUGCACAUUUAUAGAUUCCCAAUUAUUUCUUUUUUCUAAAAGUUUAUAAAGAAUAUCUAUUGAAAAUUUAACAUUAGAUUAAUGCACAUUUUAAAAUGCUUCAUUUUUUACUUUAUUUAUUAAUUACAUGUAGGAAUCAAUAUUACAAAUAAAAAAUUUAUUAUUCUAAAGAAAUCAUUUUGAGAAUUCCAAUUUUUUAUUUUGUUAAUAAUUAAUAAAAAUAGAUUUAAUAGAUAUUAUUUUAACUUCUAAUCAUUUUGAUAAUUCAAUAAUAUUUGGAUUUAGUUAUACCUUAUAUGCUAGAAAUAUAAAAAUUAUAGAUAAUUUAUUUAUUGAAUCCUCAUUUCUAUUAACAAUAUAAGUUACUAAUGACAAAUUAACUUAAUGUUCUAUUUAUGAAUUGUAAGUAUAGAAAAAUGUGCUUCAAAAUUCUAAACUAUUCAACAUAUUUUCAAAUUCUUAUUCAAAUAAUUUGUUACUUUCUAUUGCAAAAAAUAGAAUAAAAUAAUAGAUCAAUUACAACUAAUCAAUUAAGUUAAAUAUUUAAUAUCAAUAGCUAAAAGUUAGAUUUAAAUAAUUUUAUUGUUUAUAAUAAUCAAGAAAUAUUGUUGUUUUAUAUUUAUGAUAAUGAAGAUAUUAAACUGACAAAUUUAUUUUUUGAAAAUUAAUUAGUUUAAUAGAAGAUUUUCCUUUCCAAGAAUUGUUUUUUAAAAUCUAAUCUCUAAAACUAACUGUUAUUAAUUAUAGGUUUUGAAAGAAUUUAAAUAGAGAAUUGGAAUAUUAUAAAUUAAUCCAGUAUUGAUGAAUCAUUAAUAGAAAUUCUUUCUAGUAAAUCUAAACAACAAUUUGGAUUAAUAAAUAUAAAAAAUGUUAAAUUUUAUGGAAAUCUCUUACAAUAAUUAAAUUAAGUUUAAUCUUUUUCAUUAUUAUCUAUUGUUUCAGACAGAUAGAUUGAUGUUGUGA